AUGAAUAGUCUUUAGUAUAGAUAUAGUGGAGAAUUAAACUUUGAGGAUAAUUUAUGUAAGGAACGAAGAAUGGACUAAAGAUUAAGGAAAAAAGAUUCCUAAAGAAAUCAAUUAUUGGAAGAGGACUAUAAGAAACUUGAUAGGCUUUGUUCCAGUAAUUAUAAUCUAAAGUUUUAAAGAUUCUUAUAUCUUCAAUCAUUUUUAUUGUUAUUGUAUCAUAUGUUACUUUAAUAUAGUCACACUCUAAUUUGUUGAAGAAAAUAAAAAGAAUUGA